AUAUAUAUAUAUAUAUAUAUAUAUAUGUAUGUAUAACAUGAGAAAAGUAUAUAUAACAUGAGAAAAGUAUCUGUGGGAGAGCAUUAGUAUAACCGACAUGUAACCACCACGUUAGUGCGUGGUGUCUGAUAUCUACCCAACCAGCUAAGUCAUCCUGUACCUUGCCGGGAUACAAGAUGUGAACAUGAACAUGAAUGGAUCCAAAUCCCUCAAUGGGGAAUAUAUGAAGGAAUCGUCCUACUGGGCGGAGCGAUCCUUAUCCUACGUUGGCAUACGUAGUUUCAGUGCACUAGAACCUUCUUCUCUUAAUCGUGCCAUAUAUGCAUUGUUAACCUCAUAUGCCUUGCUGGACAAACAAGCAUAUCCUCGACAUUCCCUGAGUCGGGCUGCACUGAUUACAAGUGGGAGUCCAAUAUUUUUCCUUGAUGCAUCCACAAAUCUCAGUGUGUUCUAUGCUUCGACGGCAGACCCUUCACUUCCCUUUCCACCGCCUCAGGACUGUCUACUAAGAACAACAAUAAACAAGCUGAAGCAAGAGAGGUGUAUCACACCGAAACUUUCAUUUAUCAAGGGAGGGCAGGAGGAUGCAAAAGCGUUUUGAGAAUAAUCAUAUAGAGGAACAAGAUGUUGAAGGAAGUGGCUUCACAAGUGUCAUGGGUUUUGUUUCAUUCCUAGAGGAGAUUAACCAAAGCACGUUGGAGUACUUGAAAUAAGUUGCGUCCAUCCUUCAGUACUGCAGGUUAUGACAGGAAGCAAAUGCCUUCGAACUUACUGUACAAUUAGAUCAGAAACAGUUAUAUCGUUGACAAUAAUGAACAAGCGCGCAUUUCUUAGCUUCAUGUGAAGAAAACUUUUGCAACAAAGGGUCACAUGUAGCAAUCUUAUAUGACUUACUCAGAGCAGUUCUAUCGAUGUGUCACACCCCAAGACAGUAGAUUUACUCAUUCAAAUUUUGUACCAGAAGCCGGCUCAAACUGUUUUUCUUUUGUUGAUACCUUCAAUAUAGAAGAAGUAACUUUGUGUUCUGAACUAGAACUUUUUGUUGUCAGGUUUCUGUUCUUUUCUCAUUUACAUUUGGUUCUGUUGGUGCACUGGCAACGGGAAUUUGUACUUGUUUCCCCUUCUGUUGAGCUAUGCUUUUGUUCUUGUGAAGUACAAAGUUGAGUGUUCAAACAAACUAGUUUAAAAUUAGCAAUGAAUGCUUGCUAAGAAGUGUUUUUUUUGGUGGGCAAAUGGUAA